CAUUCCUGCUUCAUGAAAGUCUUUGGUUACCACGCUCUCUUUGAGGUUCUUUGGAUAUGUGGACGGAGUUCCUGUGAUUGUGUGUGUAGUGGAGUUCUAGUAUAAUAGUGUAUUGAAGAAAGCUUGAAAAAUGUCGAAGAGAGGAAGAGGUGGUUCUGCAGGAGCCAAAUUCAGAAUAUCUCUAGGUUUGCCUGUGGGUGCAGUAAUUAACUGUGCUGACAACACAGGCGCGAAAAACCUGUAUGUAAUUGCUGUCCAGGGAGUAAAGGGUCGUCUCAACCGUUUACCAGCGGCCGGUUCAGGUGACAUGAUUGUUGCUACAGUGAAGAAGGGAAAACCAGAGUUGAGGAAGAAGGUGAUGCCAGCAGUUGUCAUUAGGCAGCGAAAACCGUUCCGAAGGAAGGAUGGGGUCUUCAUAUACUUUGAAGAUAAUGCUGGUGUAAUAGUAAACAACAAAGGUGAAAUGAAAGGCAGUGCGAUCACUGGGCCUGUUGCAAAGGAGUGUGCCGAUUUAUGGCCCAGGAUUGCAUCAAAUGCAAGCAGUAUUGCAUAGAAGACUUAUUUAAAUCUCUAUGUACAUGAAUAAAGAUCCGUUCAUGUGGAAAAUGUUUACAAUUUUAAUAAACACCAUCUGUAAAUUCUUGAAAAAUAAUAAAUCUUUUGAAAAAAGUU